AUUCUCCGUGUCUUUGACUUGAAUCGGUUGGAUGCACCUCCCACGGAAGUCGAUAAAUCUCCUGGAUCCAUCAGAACUCUCACAUGGCUUCACAGUGACCAGACGAUAUUAAGUUCUUGCACUGAUAUUGGUGGCGUAAGGCAUGAACUAUAUGAAAUUAGAAGCCGCACCUUGCUAUGGGAUGUUAGGAGUGGGAAGAUUGUGCAGACAUUGGAGACAAAGUCUCCGGUCACCAGUGCUGAAGUGAGCCAAGAUGGACGAUACAUUACUACUGCUGAUGGGUCAACUGUUAAAUUCUGGGACGCUAACCAUUUUGGACUAGUGAAGAGUUAUGACAUGCCAUGCAAUAUCGAAUCUGCAUCGCUCGAGCCCAAGUCUGGUGAAAAGUUUGUAGCUGGUGGUGAGGAUAUGUGGGUCCGAGUGUUUGAUUUUUACACCGGCGAGGAGAUUGGAUGCAACAAGGGACAUCAUGGUCCGGUACACUGCGUGAGGUUUUCACCAACGGGUGAGUCCUACGCCUCGGGAUCUGAAGACGGAACCAUCAGGAUCUGGCAAUCAACACCAAAUCAUAGUUUGGAUGAAGUUGCUAAGAAGAUUGAAGGCUUUCACAUCAACAAAGAAGGAAAAAACACCGCAGAUAAACCUUCUGAUGGUUACUAG